CGGAAAUGUUAUUCUCUAUUGCAUCGUCUCGUCGAUCCUGUGCACUCGGAGCCGCUCCUCCGGUUAACUGGGUGAUCUUUAGUUAACCCUCCGCUCCUCAGUCCGUGGUAUUCAGUGAACUAAUCGGUCCUCCGUCCGUGUUGUUUAGUGAACUCAUCGUUCUUCAGUCUGCGUUGAGCAGCAUGAGUAACAUGCUGGCGGACGGUCUGGAGGCGCUGCGCGCUGCCGAGGCGCCCCUGCUCGUGCUCGGCGCGCUGACGGCCGCCUGGCUCGCGGUGCGCGCGGUGGGGUGUCUGCUGGCCGGACUGCGGGUCUGGGUCCUGGGGAACGGGCGGCUGGUGUCCCCGGGGAGCCUCGGGCAGUGGGCAGUGGUGACCGGAGCCACGGACGGGAUCGGGAAGGCCUACGCAGAGGAGCUGGCCCGCAGAGGGUUCAACAUCGUGCUGAUCAGCCGAUCCCAGGAGAAGCUGGACGACGUUUCCAAGGCCAUAGAGAGUAAGUGUGGGGUGCAAACCAAAACCAUCGCAGCUGACUUCAGUACCAGAGACAUCUACCCCAAGAUCGAAGAGGGACUGGCUGGCCUGGAGAUAGGGGUACUGGUGAACAACGUGGGCGUCUCCUACGGGUACCCCGAGUUCUUCCUGAGCAUCCCCAACCUGGACAGCUUCAUCAACACCCUGAUCAACGUCAACAUCACCUCCGUGUGCCAGAUGACUAGCCUGGUCCUUCCCAGGAUGGUCCAGAGGAAGAAGGGCGCCAUCCUGAACAUCUCGUCUGCCAGCGCCCUGGCCCCCAUCCCGCUGCUCACCGUCUACUCUGCUAGCAAGGCCUUCGUGGAUUUCUUCUCGCGGGGUUUGGAGGCCGAGUACAAGAGCCAGGGGAUCAUCAUCCAGAGCGUGCUGCCGUCCUUCGUGGCGACCAAGCUCAGUAAGAUCCGCCGCGCCACGCUGGACAAGCCGACGCCCCAGCGCUACGUGGCGGCAGCGCUGGGAACGGUGGGGCUGCAGAGCCAGACCAGCGGCUACUUCCCCCACGCCGUCCUCGGCUGGCUCACCACGGUGCUCCUACCCGCCAAGCUGGUCACCUCCUACAUGAUGGGGAUGCUGGUGUCCCAGCGCGCCCACUACCUCAAGAAGCAGAAGCAGGGCUAGAGCCACCAGGAGGAGGAGGGGAGGGACCAGGAGGAGGAGGGACCAGGAGGAGGAGGAGGAGAGGAGGAGGGACCAGGAGGAGGGACCAGGAGGAGGAGGGACCAGCGACCAACAGUGAUAUGACCAGGAGGGCAUGCUUUCCUCUACGGCCCUCAGCCUGCGACCACGUGUACGGUGUCGUCCAUUUUGUACUGGAACUACUUUAUUAACUAGUUUCGGCCCCUGCUCUAAAUCGGAUGAUGGAGCAUCUUUAUGAAAUAAAACCAAAUUGUUCGAGUUAAAGCGUUCCUGAAUCAGGGAAUAACAAGUUUAAAACGACCAGGCGGAGGCCAAUAAAAAUAUAUAUUUCAUUGGCUACUAUUUUAUUCAUUCCACUUUCUCCUAGUUUUAUCCAAGGUUCACAACCGUCCAGUGAGUUGUGACCAAUGGAUAUUAAAAUAAAACGGACUGCCUUUUACCACGUAUGGACUUCAGAAUGGAUUGACGUGAUACUGCCAGGUAUUAAGUGUGAUACGAUGCCCCAUGUUGAAUACUCUUCAAUAGUCUGAAUGUCACUGUGUGCUAUCCUAUACAAUACCACUAACCUUUUCACGACAAGAGAUAAACGGUAAAGUCAAUAAUGGGAGAUUAUUAUUGAAGCAGAAUAGAUAAAGGGUGUUUAAGUUUUAUAAUGCUUCGGCCUGUUCUGUAAACCAUUCCUGCAUGUGUUCAUUCUGGUUCUAGAUAACCAGAGCUAUUCAUCUGCUGAUGCUAUUGGACACAAAGCUGGUGUUCAGCUAGGAUAAGGUCAGUUAAGUUAAGGCUGAGGGGUGGGCGAUAGUAAGCAGUCUUAGCUUCUGCCCACUCCUUCUAUCUGUGAUUACCAAAACGUCCGAAUUAUUAAUCCAACCCAAAUCAAUUUGGGGGUUAGGGUAAUUUAUGUUUUUGAUAUUGUCAAAUUGUUUGAGGUAUUAAUGUGCUCUUUAUUUGAAAAACGUAACAUCUUUUGAUCAUAUAGGUUUGGAGUGUUAUCACAUUUAGCCUUACUGUAAGGACUUAUCUCUAGAAUAUAACUCAUUAAUAAAUCCUCAUUUUUAAUA